ACUGUAUACCGCCUGUCAGGCCGUCCAAGGUCGUUGGAUCAAAACGGCAGGCGGCUUUGGAAGGAUUUGAAGUACAGUGUCUAUAAAUGUCACUAUUUUAUUCCAAAAUUGGUGCUUGUUUACAUAGAUCUCCAAUUGCUUUAGGACUGUAAAUCAAAUCAUGAGAGGAAAGUCGAGGAAGCGCAGCUCAAAGGUCAUUAUUGAGAAACAGAAACCAAAAGUUUCCAAGAUAGUUUCUGAAGAAGAAAGUCCAAUAUCUGAUUAUCCAAUUUCCGAUGAAAUCCAAAGGCGUAUUUCUAUGAUUGGUCAAGGAUUUCAUCUCAAGUGCUCUCCAGACUUUCCAUUGUUUUACGAGUUUUGUGAAACUCUUCGUGCCGACGCCCCACUUGAAGCACUAUUAGAUGUCGGAUUUCGUCUGGUUGGUCCAUUUGAAAUACUUCAUUUAGGAUCAAAGGAGCCAGUCAAAAAUGGCCAAUGGUCAAAUUAUUACCGUUUUUAUCACGAUCCUCCGGAGUUUGUGACAGUGAUUAUAUGCACUACUGAACAAUACCAUAUAGGCUACUUCCGGGAUUCAUGCGAAUCUAAACCAUUUCUUGCCAAAUCAACGCCUAUGUCCAAUGGAGUCCUAGAGUAUUGUGGUCAGAAUUUGUUUGCUUGUCUAAGGUCUAUCCUGCAAGAAAAAUGUGCUGAAUCUACUGACUUGUUAAAAAGUCUUAUUGAAUUUGCAUCUUUUAAGAAUAUUCCAACAGGUUUAUCAUCAUUUUAUAUGAAGGAUCGAAAGAAACGUCAAGUGUGUGCCACAACAAACCAUAUAGGUUUAAUGAUCGAUGUGACUAAGAAUGACGUUGGAUACCGUCCUUUAAAUAUUUCUUACGCUGAACUAAACAAAAGACUGGAAGAUAUUGUCAGUGAGAAGUCAAAAGAACGGCAGUUAAUUAAAUUUGCUCCAAUCGAUGAGUUGAUUACCUGUGUUCAGUUUGCCAACGAUGAAGGAGAUUUUGGUCAAGGUUUAGAAUUGGGCUUAUCAAUAUUAGCAUUUCAUCCUAAAGCUCAACCGCUAGAGACAGCAAACAUAUUUAACAAUAAAAUUAAACAUUUAUUGUCUGUCGGUUAUACUUUAGCCAAUAGAAAGGAAUUCAGUCAAGUAAUUCAGUCUCAUAUGGAUGACAGACGUAUUGAACCACUAACUUUCACAUAAAUUACCUUUGCUGUAUUUAUCUAUUUGGAUCGCACAUAGGUGUCAUCUUACACUUGCAUUUAUUUUUAUAUUAAUUGUGAAAAUUUCAGAGUCUGUUGGUUUUAUUAUUGAAAACAUUUUAAAUUAAGACUUUUAACACAUUGUUUUUUACUUACUGUUGUUUGUUAUUCCAUGGGAUUAGGUGUUUUUAAAUGAUGACUUAAAGUCAUUUACUGAAUAUUGUGUAAUAUAUUUGGGAUCCAG